AUGGAUAUCGGCGACCCCCAUGCCGGGGCUGACUUCGAAUCAGAGAAUGAAGGGUUCUCUCCAGACGGCACACCGAAGAAACCUAGGGAGCUGCCUGCCGACUUACCGACAUCGCUGGACGACCGGAGACGAGCGCCAGAGUACGCGGUUGAAACGGAGAUGUAUGACGGAUGGCAAGGUCAAUCGCAAUACUUGACGACGCCGAUUACCGCGAAACCACUAUCCUUCAGCCUUGCGCUCGACGACCACUCUCAUGACGAAGAACACGAAUUACGUGCACGCUAUGCGCAGCCCUUCUACGAGCGUGAGGACGACGAUACCACUGCGCGACUAGAAGAUAGCGAUGCCAGGUUGUUAGAAAUGCUUGCGGCGCAAGCGGCACAUCGCGAGAUGGACUCACUCGGAACUGACGAUGACGAUAUCGCGUUAGACGACAAAUUGUCCGAGGAGGAGAAGAAGAGUAUACUCCAAAAAAGUCUCAAUAUGGCUGCAAGUAACGGCGAUGUCGACCGAGUGCGGAAACUGGUUAAUGGCCAUGCUCACCAAUAUGUGGAUGUGAAUAAACCAGAUGAAGAGGGGGCGGUACCUCUGAUAUAUGCAAGCUGUUUUGGCCACCAAGAAGUUGUCUCCGCGCUCCUUGACGCUGGAGCGUUCGUCGAUAAGCAGGAUCGUAAUCAAUGGAGUGCAUUGAUGUGGGCUAUGACAAAUCGACAUAAAACUAUCGCAAAAGUUCUACUGGACCAUGGCGCUUCACCUGACAUCAAGUCUUCUUCUGGUGGAACAGCUCUCGAUUUCCUGCAGCCCGGAACGGACAUUUCGCAAUAUCUGCAUGACAAUGGAUAUAAUAUAGGGCCUGUCGGAAUUGAAGACGAUUUUUAUGAUUCGGGAUUCAGCCACGGUCGUUUCGAGGAGGAGAUGGCUCAGAACGAAAUGAAACGCCGAAUGAUGAUGGAAGAAAGUGCGCUGAAUUUGGAGGUUGACUUAUCAAGUCUAGGCCUUGAUGAGAAGAUUGAGGAACCCGAUGAUUUUGAAGACGACCAACAGGAAUUCGUUUGGGACAAGUGUUUGAAUGACCAGAUGUUUGUCUUUCAAGACAAUGAGCUGGAAAAGAUACUGAAUAUAAUAAUCACAAACAUGACACCACAACGGUCACCUUCACAGAAACCAGUACCGGCGAAUCUUCUUUUUCUAAGCGCACGAUAUGCGCAUUACCAUGCCAGCCCCGAGCUAUUGGCGCAACUUUUGAUGUCUGCGACAGACAAAAUCAACGAUGUGGUGGAGCGACAUCAGUGGGAUAUGACAAUUUUGGCAUUUUGGAUAUCGAAUGCGACUUUGCUCCUGCACUAUCUGAAAAAGGAUCCAGGUCUGAUGAUGUCAACGGUAGAAUUUCAGCUACAUCUGGCGGAGUUGAUCAAUGAAAUUUUCAUUCUGAUCAUCCGGGACGCGGAACGUCGAAUGAAUCGUGUCCUAGAUCAGGCCAUGCUUGACCAUGAGACAAUACCGGGAUUAAGCGACGUUACAUUCCAGAAUGAAUGGAAACUCUUCAAAUCAAAACCCAAACCAAAAGUUGAGCCUCCCGAGAAACGAUUCCGUCCACCAUCACCUAAGCGGCGAGCACAGGUGUCGCCUCGAAAUAUCACCUCGCUACUCUCCUCCACAGUCUUCGUCUUAGACUUGUACGAUGUGCAUUCGAUAAUCACGUCACAAAUUAUCUCCCAAUUACUCUACUGGCUUGGUGCGGAACUAUUCAAUCGCAUCAUGCUCACGAAGAAAUACCUCGCCCGUACGAAAGCAAUGCAAAUCCGCAUGAAUAUAUCGGCGCUAGAAGAGUGGGCGCGGAACAAUAACAGGAAGCCAGAGCAUUAUGAAAAUGGCUCAACGACUACUACAGGCGACACAACCGUAGAUUCUGCAAGGAAACAUCUUGGGCCUGUAAUUCAACUGCUACAAUGGCUACAGUGCUUUUCAUCAUUGGGCGACGACCAUGAAGCUCUAAUCACAACACUGUUACAGUUACAACAACUUACUCCCAACCAACUUCUCCAGGCUGUGAGGUCCUAUCGCGCAGAGGUUGGAGAGAAGGGACUGAGCAAGAACGCUACAAAGUUCUUGGUCAGUUUACAACAUGACCCAGAUCUCUUAUACCGCGAGCACGUGAAGCUACAGAAGCUUGCCAUUGCGGCGAGCACUCAGCCAUCCCCAUCUCCAGAUGAUGGCAACAAACCCACCUCUCUUCCGCCAUCAAGCCCCACCAAAACUGAGCAUCCAGAGACACCCCAAACACCCACCAUCGCCACAGCGCCCGACCAGGACCAUGACGAACAAACCAACGGCCCCUCAACCCCCCGAAGCAGCGUCUUUCUAAACUCACCCAUCAUGUCGUCCCCCAGCUACCAUUUCUCCUCUUCUGCACCGGACAGCUACCUCCUCGACCCAUCCAUGACACUUCCCUUCAUACUACCCACAAGCACCGACAUGCUGAUCAGCUACGGUGCUGGGUUUGGCGGGACGAAUAAGGAAAGAGCCAGGAAGUAUAUUCCGACUGUGCCUACGGAGGUGUUGAGCCGGUUUGAUAGGGUGUGA